AAUGCCCAACACCAUUGGAAAGCAUCUAAUUGGGCUAAAACACUAGUGGCACUUGCUUGGAAUAUAGUAGUACAUAUACUUCUACAUAGCAAGUUAGCAACACCAACUUCUUGAAUUAGCUCUCUAUACUUACCAACAACUUCAAACCUCUAAAACAGUUUCUUAAAAUGCUUGCUAAAUCUUACCACAUAAUUACUCCGUCCAUUUUCCGGCCCUCGAAAAGAUCUCCACCACCACGUAAAAUCCGAUUUCGACCUUAUGCCACCACUACCCAACCUAUACCCAUCUCGAUGCCCGAUAAUCGAGUUCCGACACAAGAAGUUGUUGAUGAUGCAUUAGUCGCAUUAUGGGACUACCAAUUUUUGUUCAUGUCACAAAGGUUGGAAGUACCAAUUCCUAUUAAACUAAAACUCAUUGAAGGUGCACUUCCUAAAGACUUUCCUUGUGGUACAUAUUAUCUUACUGGGCCGGGCCUUUUCAUUGAUGAUUAUGGAUCAAAGAUCCACCCGCUAGAUGGUCAUGGGUAUUUAAGGGCCUUUGAAAUUGAUGGGCCAAAUGGAGAAGUGAGAUUCUCAACCAAGUAUGUGAAGACUGAGGCCCAAAAGGAAGAAUGUGAUCCUAUUAGUGGGUCUUGGAAGUUUACUCAUAGAGGCCCAUUUUCUGUGUUGAAAGGAAGUAAAAUGAUGUCAAAUAUUAAGGUGAUGAAAAAUGUGGCAAAUACUAGUAUCUUAAAAUGGGGUGGACGUUUAUUUUGCUUGUGGGAAGGUGGAAUACCAUAUGAGAUUGAUCCUCAAACGUUGGAUACAAUUGGGAGUUUCAAUUUUAUCAAUGAUGAUAAUGAUGUUGAAGAUGAAAUUAAUUUUAAUCAAUCUCAUGCUUUGGAUCUUGUUGCUCGUAUAGUGAAGCCUAUACUCCAUGGAGUCUUCAAGAUGCCCCCAAAGCGAUUACUGUCUCACUACAAGGUUGAUGCUCAAAGGCGAAGGCUUAUAGUCAUGGCAUGUAAUGCUGAGGACAUGGUACUUCCUAGAAGUCAUUACACUUUCUAUGAAUAUGAUCCAGAAUUCAGAUUAUUGCAGAAGAAAGAGUUCACCAUAUCAGAUCAUUCAAUGGUUCAUGAUUGGGCUUUCACCGAUACACAUUACAUUAUAUUCACUAAUCAUGUUAAGUUGGACAUUUUAGGAUCAAUGGCUGCCAUAUGUGGACAAGCACCCAUGAUAUCGGCGCUUUCAGUUAACCAUAGCAAGCCAACGUCCUCCAUUUACCUUCUUCCUCGAUUUUCCACCAACAAUAAUAGCAAUUCCCAAUCUGAUGAUUAUUGGAGAAAACCUAUUGAAGCUCCACAACUUUGGUUACUACAUGUCGCCAAUGCAUUCGAGAGCAUUGAUGAUAAUGGAAACCUUGCACUUCAAAUACACGCCACUGCUUGUUCUUAUCAAUGGUUCAACUUUCACAAAAUGUUUGGAUACAAUUGGCAAAAUGACAUAUUAGACCCUUCAAUCAUGAAUUGCAAAGAAGGAAAAGAUCAAACAUUGCCUCAUCUUGUUGAGAUUUCCAUCAAAAUAAAUAGGAACAAAAGGAGUCAAGAGUGUUCUGUGGCAUGUAUAAAGAAACAAGCUAAAUCUUCUGAUUUUCCUAUUAUUAAUCCUCAAUGUUCGGGUUAUAAACAUCGAUAUGUUUAUGCAGCUGCUUCUUCUGGUUCUCAUCAAACAUUAUCACAUUUUCCCUUUGAUUCAAUAUUGAAAUUUGACAAUCUAACUAAAAGAGUAAGUAUAUGGUCUCCUGGUAGUCGUCGAUUUGUUGGGGAGCCAAUGUUCGUUUCUAAGAGAUCGUUUGUGGAAGACAAUGGAUAUCUUCUAGUGAUUGAGUAUGUAGCUUCACGUCGAAUGUGUAAUCUUGUGAUAUUAGAUGCUGAACGAGUUGGUGGAGUAAGGGCGGUGAUAGCAAGACUUGAAGUGCCAAGGUCAUUGACUUUCCCUCUUGGCUUUCAUGGCACUUGGACUCCAAUAGAAUGAUGAUGAAAGUAGGACCCAAUGUAUAGAGGAACUAAAUAAUUGGAUACUUCCUCCAUUUUCUAAAAGUUGCAUUUUUUUUUAAGAAACUUUUACACUAUUUAUGUAUUUACUUUAUUUGACAUAUAAUUUGUACCUAA